AUGGCGGGCGCCCCUGGCUUCCUGCUGCCGAGCGGAAAAGCAGACCGCCUGCAGAAGGAGCUCGAGGAGGCCCAGCAGUCCCGCAACUGCCUCCCCUCCGCCGCCAGCAGCGACGAUGGCGAUUUGCGGAGGGACGUGGCCGCGGGCGUCCGAGCCGCAGCCUCGUCGUGCCCCGCGGCGCGCGCGCCUGCUUCGUGCCCCGCGGCGCGCGCCGCGGCGUCGGGGAAGGAGGUCCGGGCGGGCGGCACGCCAGCCACAAUCAAGCACCUCGAUUGCGCCGUGAACGGGGCGGCUCCGAGGGUGAGGUGGUGCAGCGAGCAGCUGUCCCGCUGCAACGAGCCGCAGGGGCUCACCGUGAGGCGGGCGCCCUCGGAGGGCGCGUGCCGCUUCGCGGUGAACGCCACCGCGGGCACCGCCACGAGCUGGGAGGCGGUGGUCACCGACCCGCCGCCGGGCCCGGCCCAGUGGAACCUCAUGAGACGCCUCGUGUUCAUGGCCCAGUCCAGCGGCGCCCACGUGACGGGCCCCGCCUCGGAGGAGCUGUUGCGCGGCGGCCCCAUGAGCACCGGACAGGUCUCGGAGGUCUUGCAGCCGCCGCUGUCCUUCCCCGUCGCGCUGGGCGGCACGUCCACCGGCAAGCUGGACAGUGUGAUCCUCAGGAUCCCGGCCGAGUGGCGGGGCGACCUGCAGUCGCCCAACACCACCGCCCCGUGCAUCGCGAUCGUCGAGAGAGCAGAGGACUGCGGCCCCUGCGCGUUCCCUCAGCGGCUCUGCUCCUCACAGGCGCUGUGGCCGGUGCCCCCGGGCCCGGAAGCGCCCGCCGAGGGCCAGGCCACACCGGGCGCGCUGGCGGUGGAGCUGCAGAGGCCGGCCUUCCUGCCGCGCUCCUGGGAGGAGCUCCAGCGGGCGGAGCCGGCCCACUCCGUGUGCCUGCGCGGGGGCGCCCGCGGCGAGGACGAGGGGCCCAUCGUGCUCGGCAAGCUGCAGUACUACGCGCUGCCCAGGGUGACCUUCGUGCCAGCCAUCGCCCGCGUCGGCAUACGGACGUUCCUGAACCCAGGCUGGCUGAGGCACCUGCAGCUGCAGUGCGAGAACUGCUCGCAGCUCAGCCGCGUCGCCAUCAGGCCGCUGACCCUGGACCCCAGCUGCAGGGGCCUGGAGAAGGAGUCCCUGGCCACCGCGACGGCGGCGGCGUGGCACGGCGAGAUGCCCGCGCCGGGCCCGGGCGGGGUGGACAUGGCGAGCAGCGGAAGCAAGAUCGCGGAGGUCGUCCGGCAGCAGCGCGAGGGGAAGCGAGAGAGUCGUGCACCGCCCUGCAAGAUCCCGGAGCAGGGGCCGUGCUACGGCUUCGCAGAGGCGUCCUUGGCGCUGGGCCUUCCGACCGGGGACCUGGGCGCGGGCGCCGACGGCAACGGCAUAGUCUACAAGCUGGAGAGCUCCCGCCGCCUCUCCUCCAGCGAGCGGCAGGUCUUCUUCCACCACCGCAGUGCCCUCUGCUUCUACCCGGACGGCUCCACGAAUAAUGGCUGGCUGAUAGGUUUCACUGCAGUCCACAUGGACAGCUUCGACAUGCAGGCCUUCAUAGGCUUCGUGUGCUUUUUUGGGGUGGCGCUGCCACUCGUCUGCCUGGCCACCGCGCUGCUGCAUCACAACAAGUACGAACUCUGCAAGCAGCACCUCCACCGGAUGAGGCAGCCGUGGUUUCAUCGUCGUCCUGGCCUCGUCCUGCCCCCCCGGCGGCGCCUCCCGCGUCUUCCCUUGCCCGCUGGCCGAGGGAGCGCGCCGAGGGGGGAAGGCCCC